AUGGAUUGCAGACACAAGAAGGGUCAAAGCUCUGGUAGCAACCAGCGCAAGCCUAAGCCUUCUUAUGCCAAUAUGGUGGAAGAUGAUGAGCUCGUUGCAGUCAUCAUUGAAGUCUGCAUGGUUGAUAACGCCAAAGGCUGGUGGAUCGAUACGGGUGCUUCAAGGCACAUUUGCAAGGAUAGAUCCUUGUUCUCAACUUAUGAGAAGAUGGAUGGCACCGAAAAGGUGUACAUGGGAAAUGCCGCAGCCUCGACUGUGGAAGGCAAGGGCAAGGUACUGCUAAAGUGGACAUCUGGGAAGAUCCUGACCCUCACAGAUGUCUGGCAUGUGCCUGAGAUUCGCAAGAAUCUGAUGUCUGGAACCCUGUUGAACAAAAAUGGGUUUAAACUCGUUUUUGAAUCUGAUAAAUUUACUCUUACCAAAGGGGGGAAUGCAGAAGUUGAAAAUCAACUAGAAAAGAAAAUUAAGGUGCUCAAAUCAGAUAGGGGUGGUGAGUAUGAAUCAUCAGCUCUGUCUGAGUUUUGUGAAUCUCAUGGCUAUGCCUCGCAUAAUGCUGCCUAUAGGUUCCUGGUAACUAAGUCAGAAAUUCCUGACAUUAAUGUCAAUACUGUUCUGGAAUCUAUAGAAUUGGAGUUCUUUGAGAACAUCUUCCAUUUUAACGGAGAUAAACCAUGUGCAAGUGGUUCCAAGAGAACUCAUGAAGCAAGUUCUUCAAAAGGCCAAGAUGGGCAGGAAACUGACAUCGAGCCUUGA